GAAAGGAGGCCAAAGGGCGCUCGCAGUGGCCAUAGGGGCGGAGAGACAGAGCGGCCUCGCUUCAGGAGCAGCAGCCGCAGCCAUGGCGGAACAGCCGAAGCCCUCCCAGCCUCCCAUCAGCCCCCUCAAGAACUUUUUCGCCGGGGGUUUCGGGGGAGUCUGCCUGGUUUUUGUGGGACACCCCUUGGACACCAUCAAGGUUAGGCUACAGACUCAACCAGCCCCUUCGUCAGGACAGGCUCUCCUUUACUCUGGAACUUUUGAUUGCUUCAAGAAAACUCUCGUGAGAGAGGGAGUCCGUGGCUUGUACAAGGGAAUGGCAGCUCCCAUCGUUGGAGUGACCCCAAUGUUUGCUGUCUGUUUCUUUGGAUUUGGCUUGGGCAAAAAACUCCAGCAGAGGACUCCCGAUGACAUUCUGACAUAUCCCCAGCUCUUUGCAGCAGGCAUGUUAUCUGGAGUAUUCACCACUGCAAUCAUGGCUCCAGGAGAAAGGAUCAAGUGCCUUCUACAGAUCCAGGCAGCCACAGGUGAAAUUAAAUAUGGGGGUCCGUUGGACUGUGCCAAACAGCUCUAUCGUGAGGCUGGCAUUCGAGGCGUGUACAAAGGAACGGUUCUCACCCUCAUGAGAGAUGUUCCAGCCAGUGGGAUGUACUUCAUGACCUAUGAAUGGCUAAAAAAUAUUUUGACUCCUGAAGGGCAGAGUGUUAGUGACCUGAGUGUACCCAGGAUUCUCUUUGCUGGUGGCAUGGCAGGGAUUUUCAAUUGGGCUGUGGGUAUUCCUCCAGAUGUGUUGAAAUCUCGCUUCCAGACAGCUCCUCCGGGAAAGUAUCCCAAUGGCUUCAGAGAUGUUUUGCGAGAGCUCAUCCGAGAGGAAGGAGUGAUGUCUCUGUAUAAGGGGUUCACUGCUGUGAUGAUCAGAGCCUUUCCUGCCAAUGCAGCCUGUUUCCUUGGAUUUGAAAUUGCCAUGAAGUUCUUAAAUUGGCUUGCACCAAGCCUCUGAAGACCAGUGGGGUGGCGUCCCUGUGGGAACCGAACAACAAGAUGAAGAAUGGAACUGCGUCAGAGGAGUGAAACUGAAUUAUGAAAUGAAAGAAGCUAAAGCAAUGACUACUUCUGUAAUAACCGUUUUUGCCUUAUUCACACCCGGCUUUGGGUGUUGCUGUGUUGCCAUUAGGAAUCUUGAGCCAAAUCUCUUCCCAGGGGAGAGUUCAAGAGGAGUUCAGAACAACCUGCUUUCUGAACCCAAAGUUACCAUAGUGGUAAUGCUGCUAACAGAAAACCUUAUUGCUAUUACCAGGCAUGAUGUGUUUUUUUUUUAAUUUUUGUUCCUUCCUGUUUAUCUUUUCAGGGAAUAAAGGAGAUAAUAUUUUAAUUUCCACUUUCAACUUUAGUGAAAAAGUGCAUUGUUUGUGAAUGUAUCUUUGAGUGGGAAUGAGAUCAGAUGGGAAUGGAGACUAGCCACUGAAUAUGUAAUGUUCAGGAUAAAAGUUCACAUUUAAUGACAUGAAGUGAUGUAUGAUAGUUGUUUUGCUUUGAUUUCCAGAUAUAAGUUCCUAUGUGGGCUCCAUGGAAAUUACUUGGGCUUGCACAAGGGAUUUUAUAAUCAUGUAAAAGUUAUUUUCAUUUCAUUGGUGCUUACCUGGGACACAGUUAUGGCAACUACUGACUUGGAAGAAUUUCCAUACAUUGCAUGGAGUUGUAUGGCCCACAGUCAGUAGUAUAUGUAUGGGGUGCCUCAGACCCUCCAGAUGUUUUUGAGUACAACUCUCACUGUCCCUUACCAUUGCCCAUGUUGGGUUGGACCAAUGGUAACUGUAGGCCAAAGCAUCUGGAGAACAAAAGGCUUCCCACUGCUGCAAUAGCAUGUCAGUUGCUUUGAACUACUAUAACAUCCAAAAUCCACAAAAUAGGCCAACCAAAAAUGCACAAAAUAUAUGAUGCAAAGUUUUUGAAGCUCCACUGGCAUCUUCAUAAGGCAAAGGUGUUAAAAGUUAUACAGGAGAAGGGGAAACAGUUUACAGUGUUAGAGCUUUAGGCCUACUUUUUGUCAAGAUGUUGUUUUUGUUAUUGUACAGUUCAGAUGGUCUGGAAGAAUAUCCAUGUAGUUUGUCUAAACUAAAUGUUAGCAGCUGGAAAGAACAAUAUUAAAAGUAAGAGUGCCUUAUAGAUACUGUAUUCAGGUACUUGAUUAAUAAAUGAUUGAAGGCC